AUGGCAAAAGCAUUAUCUGUACCUAGUGUGGAACACUUUAAUAUGACAGGAGACCCUAGUAGCUUGCCAAGCAAAUGGGAGCGAUGGCUGAAAUCGUUUCAAUACUUCGUUGUCGGUUCGGGCGUCACGGACAAAUCACAAAAACGAGCACUACUGCUGCAUCUGGUAGGACCGGAAGUGCAAGGGAUUUUCGAAACACUGGACAAUACUGGAAAUGACAAUAAUUUUGACGCCGCAGUUGAUGCAUUGAAUAAUUAUUUCAAGCCGAAACUCAAUGUAUCAUAUGAACGACACAAAUUCAAUUCAGAAAAACAGAAACAGAAUGAAACUAUCCAGGACUUUGCUACGCGACUUAAACAACUAAGUAUUUCAUGUGACUUUAAUGACACAAAUGACAGAAUACGAGACCAGAUUAUUGAAAAGUGCACAUCUACAACGUUACGCAGAAAGUUUCUCAGUAAUAAAGAUUUAACAUUAGAAAAAGUUUUGGAACUGUCAUCAACGUUCGAACGUGCACAAGACAGUGCCACAAAAAUGGAAAAUCAAAGUACACAACAGCAACAAAAAGAUGACACCACGUUUCAACUGAAACAAUCGACUAUGCGUCAAAGACAACAACGUGCGAACAGAGGUAGAGGCAGAUUUCGUCAACAGGCACCGCCAACACAUGUAGAAUGUUACAGCUGUGGCCGCAGGGGUCACAUGGCUAAGGACCCAAAUUGCCCAGCAGCACGUGUAGCAUGUACAAAAUGUGGCUUUAUUGGACAUUUUGCAGUAAAGUGUAAAUCUAAAAGGAAAAAGAUACAACCAAAACAGAAAGUUCGAUCACUUGAAAAUGAAACAUCCUCAGACAGUGAAAAUGAAUAUCUGUUUAAUAUCAAAUCAAUUGGGAACGUGUCAAAUAAAAUAACAGUCAACGUCGGUAAUAUUCCGUUGAAUAUGGUUAUAGAUUCAGGAGCUAGUUGUAACAUUGUUGACAAAAGUACAUGGAAUUUUCUAAAAUCACAGAAACAAUUUCAAUGCUUAACACAUAAAAAAUCCACAGACAAGAAAGUGUUCGCUUAUGGAAGCAAACAACCACUCAAAUUGCUUGGUAUAUUUCGUGCGAAAAUUGAAUUCAAUUCAAUGACUAUUGAUGACGUAGAAUUCUCAGUUUUGGACGGUAAGGGACAAGCAUUGCUUAGUAAAGACACGUCAAUUAGUCUCAAUGUAAUAAGGAUCGGACCAGAAGUGAAUUUGGUCAAAGAGGACAUCAUGAGCGAAAACCCAGAAUUGUUCAAAGGAAUAGGGAAAAUGAAAGAUUUUCAAUUGCAAAUUCCCAUUGAUGAAAAAAUCGAGCCAGUUGUUCAAUCGGUAAGGCGUAUACCUUUCAGUCUCAGAGAAAAGCUAGAAAAAAAGCUAUUAGAACUAGAAAACAAUGAUAUAAUCGAAAGAGUAAACAGUCCUAGCCGCUGGGUAAGCCCAGUUGUUGUAGUGCCUAAAGGAGACGACGAUAUUAGGCUUGUUAUCGAUAUGAGGCGAAGCAACACGGCUGUGAAGCGGGUACGACACCCGAUUCCUACCGUGGACGAGGUGCUGUACGAUUUGAACGGAUCAACAGUGUAUAGUAAGCUAGACAUUUCAAAUGCCUAUCAUCAACUCGAGCUUCAUCCUGAUUCAAGGGAAAUAACUACGUUCAUAACUCAUGUUGGAAUGUUCCGUUACAAAAGAUUACUCCAGGGAGUCAGCUGUGCUAGUGAAAUGUUUCAGAAAGUGCUUGAACAAGUUCUACAAAAUUGCCCUGGUACACGUAACAUUAUGGAUGAUAUAAUAGUGCACGCGCCUACAAAAGAUGAACACCAGAAGUGUUUAGAAAAUGUGCUCAGAGUGUUACAUGAAAAAGGGUUCACAUUAAACCCAUCAAAGUGUCAAUUUGAAAUGUCAAAAGUGACAUUCAUGGGAAACGUAUUGUCCGAACACGGGGUUGGUCCAACCGAAAGUAAAGUGCGCGAUGUGCUCAACGCAAGAGCACCACGAAAUGCCGCGGAUGUUAGGUCAUUCUUAGGAUUAGUCAAUUUCAAUGCUAGGUAUAUUCAAAAUCUGGCUUCAAUUUCAGAACCGAUGAGAAAACUCACACGAAAAAAUGUCAGGUUUAAAUGGGGCCGCGAAGAGCAAAAUAGCUUUGAUACAUUGAAACAGAAAUUGGCAAGCGCGGAAAUAUUAGGUUAUUUCGACAUAAAUGCCAAAACACAAGUCGUGACCGACGCAAGUCCCUAUGGGCUUUCAGCUGUUCUCACUCAACGUCAAGGCAAUGAUUACCGUGUUAUUUGUUAUGCUAGCCGCAGUUUAACUGAUGUUGAAAGGCGGUAUUCCGUGACCGAGAAAGAAUGUGCUGGCGUUAUUUUUGGAGUCGAGAGAUUUCACACAUAUUUACACGGCAUUGACUUUGAACUUGUUACUGAUUGUAAAGCUGUUCAGUACAUUUUCGCGCCAAAAUCAAAACCAAGUGCGCGGAUCGAAAGAUGGGUCUUGCGAUUGCAGGGAUAUAGAUAUACAGUGCGCCAUGUCCCAAGCCGCGAGAACAUUUCAGAUUGUCUGAGUAGAUUAUUGGCUGAUGAUAAAGAAAAACGGAUGUCAUAUUUUAUAGAUGAUGAUAACUAUAUUCUGAAUAUAGCACGUGCCGCAACGCCUGAAGCGGUAACAACGCGAGAAAUAGAAAAAGCGUCUAGAUACGACCCUGAAAUGUCUUCAAUUCGUGAUUGUUUGAUGUACGGUUUAUGGUACAAAAUUCCAUUUAAGGAAUAUUUGAUUGUUAAAAACGAAUUGUCGGCUAUCGGAUUCUUAGUGCUUCGAGGUACGCGAAUAGUGGUACCAAAAGAAUUAAGAACGAAAAUACUCGAAGCGGCACAUAGUGGUCAUCCUGGUAUAGUGUCAAUGAAACAGUCACUUCGUACACGCGUAUGGUGGCCACAGAUAGAUCAAGAUAUAGAGAAAUAUUGUAAAUCUUGUCAUGGGUGUCAAUUAGAAGGCCCUCCGGCGCCUCCGGAGCCGCUAAAACCGACGGAACUACCUAGUGGACCGUGGGAAUAUUUAGCAUGUUACUUAUUAGGACCACUUCCGACAGGUGAACAUUUAGUCGUGGUAAUAGAUUUUUACAGCCGAUUUAUGGAAAUAGAAAUCGUAAAAUCCACCACAUCGGAAAAUAUUGCUACAGUUCUUAUGAAAAUGUUUGCGAGACACGGAACAUGCUUCCUUUUAAGGACUGAUAAUGCAAGUUAUUUUACAAGUGACUAUUUCAAGUCAUUUCUAAAAGAACAUGGCAUUAAACUCACACAUUCUACGCCCUUAGCGCCAAAUCAAAAUGGGCAAGUAGAAAGACAGAUGUCAAGCAUAAUGAAGCGUAUUCGCAUAGCAAUUGCUGAAAAACGUAAUUGGAAACAUGAGCUUCAGACAUAUUUAUUGAUGUAUCGCAGUAGCCCGCAUGCUACCACAGGUGUAAGUCCAGCAGAAUUACUGUACGGUCGUAAAAUUAGGACCAAAGUCCCAUGCUUACAGGAAUACGGAAAAUUCGAUCUUUCCGAUCAAUCUGUAAGAGAUAGAGACUGCGAGAAAAAAGAAAAAUCAAAACAGUAUACGGAUCAAAAAAGGAAUGCGGUAGAAAAUUCCAUUUCUGUAGGUGAUUUAGUCUUGUUAAGAAACAAAAAGAAAGAUAAAACAGACACGCGUUUUUCGUCUAAACCUUAUACUGUUACGCAGAAACACGGGAAUUCGGUUACCAUAGAGAGAGAUGGGGUGCAGUAUAAUAGGGAUGUCACUCAUUUAAAAAAGUACGAAACGCCGUUUUCGGAAAAUACGUCCCAUGAAAAGAAAAAGCGCAUGUCGAAAAAACCAGAAAAAUACAAAGAUUACGUCUGUGAAAAUGAGUACAGUUGA